CAAUGGGAUUGAAAUUUGUACAACUGGAUGUACCAGGAGCACUCCACAGUGGUGAAUCCACAUGGUUAAAAUGUCAGUAUGAACUUGGAGACGAUGAGCUAUAUUCUGUCAAAUGGUACAAGAACAACGUUGAGUUCUUCCGAUAUUUGCCAAGUGAUGUGCCAGCUGGGCAAAAUUAUGAGCUCUUAGGCGUCUAUGUUGACCUCCCUAGGUCAAAUGCUACACACGUUUAUCUGUACAAAACGGAUCUGAAUACGGAAGGAACGUAUGGUUGUGAAGUUUCUACGGAAGCACCGUCAUUUCGCACCGUGAAAGCUGACAAAGAAUUAAGAAUCUACG